AUGGAGCACUUGUGGCGACACUUGAAGCGGAGGCUGGCAGGGUACAAGAAUGAGCCAGCCGAGAUGCAGAAUGUGCGGCAGCGGCCGGUGGAGUGCAAAUUGACAAAAGGUGGACAGGAGUAUGCAGGGUUGAAGAACGAGGACGCAAACGGUUUCAAGUGUCAACCUUGGUUGAGCAAAGCAUCGAACAAGAAAUCCUCGCUCCAGGAAUGGAUGAAUUUCCCUGACCAAACGAUUGACAGUAGCCACAACUUCUGUCGCAAUCCGACGGGGGAACUCGGCGGCCCUUGGUGCUAUAAUGACGAGGGCUCUGACAGAAGAGGACAUUGCGAAGUUCCGUUCUGCUUUGAAGUGUAUCUGCGUUCUGCUAUCGACGGUCAAGCAGCGAAGGGAUAUCCUGAAUGUCUGCUCACCCUAAUGGGGAGAGAAUACGCGGGAACGGAGAGGAAGACCGAGACAGGGAAGACAUGUCUCCAGUGGGAUAAGCAGCCCCAUGGAAUAACUAAGGACUUUAAAAAAGAAAUGUUCUAUGAGGAUCAUUUCCGUUUUGGCAAUUCUUCAUUGCAUGAGAACUUCUGCAGGAAUCCAACUUUGAAAGAGAGACCCUGGUGCUUCGUGGAACCUCCAGAUUUUUGGGAAUUUUGCGACAUCCCUCUUUGUCCCAACUUUACCAACAGGACGGAAUGCAAGUGGACGAAGGAGGGAGAGGAAUAUGCAGGAUCUCGAAAUGUGACUGCGACAGGACGACCGUGUUUGCACUGGGAGGAAUCGGCCAAAAUGCAUUGGAUGUCUUUUCCGAAGGGAAUGAGGAGAGAGAACCACAACUUCUGUCGCAAUAUGGAGGGGGAUUCUGGUGGGCCCCACUGCAUUGUAAAGACCGUUGACGAUCCCUUCUUGGACAUCGAAUAUUCUGAUGUCCCUUUCUGCCCCUUCCACUAUCUCCAGUGA